GUUUUACGAAGACAAACUAAAAGGGUUCAGAGGAAAACUUCCACAUGUCCUAAACAAACAGAAGGACUUGGACAAACUGUUGACUGAGGACUUGGGGACCUCCAUUUGUUUUUCUUUUCCUCUCAGAAAUGUAAAAGUUAUGGGUGUAAAACGUGAACAGGAAUGUGCUUUGGGACGUGGUAUCAUUGGGAAGAAAAGCAUUCUGUUGAGAUGGAGACCGACCUGAGGCUGGAGUCGAGUCUGUGGGUCGGAAACAAGAGAUACCUGGCUGUCCUGACAGGCUGGCAUUUCAGAUGGACCGAGGCAGAUAAGAAGAGCCGCGACAAGAGAACAGUUUUCUACGUGAAGCGCAGCAGCACCAGGAGCUCGUAYGGGUUGCUCUGGAGUCUGGGCCGGACCCAGUUCAGCUGCCCCAGUCGGGUCCUGAGAGACCAGUGGACAAAGCAGCUCAAAACUGCCGUCAAAACUCACAGCCCCUUGCGACCACGUAGACUGCUGGUGUUCAUCAAUCCUUAUGGUGGGAAGAAAAAAGGAAGGCAAAUCUAUCAUUCUCUGGUAGCCCCUCUGUUUGAGCUGGCUGACAUCAGCUCACAUGUAAUAGUGACCGAACGGGCAAACCAGGCCAGAGAUCACCUCCUGAAGAAAGAUCUGACAGGUUUUGAUGGUGUGGUGUGUGUGGGUGGAGAUGGCAUGUUCAGUGAAAUCCUCCAUGGUGUGAUUGGGCGCACGCAGCAAGAGGCCGGCGUUUGUGAGCACGAUCCUGCUGUCCCUUUGCAGCCGUGUCCACUUCACAUUGGCAUCAUCCCUGCAGGUUCGACAGACUGUGUGUGCUACGCCACAGGGGGAGUGAUCGACCCCGUUACUUCAACUCUGCACAUUAUCGUUGGAGACUCUCAGCCGUUAGACGUGUGUUCGGUUCAUUACGGCUCAGGGUUGGUGCGAUACUCAGUGUCGCUGGUGGGCUAUGGCUUCUAUGGCGAUGUAUUGUCUGAGAGUGAAAAACACCGCUGGAUGGGACCUGUCAGAUAUGACUACUCAGGUGCACUGGUGUAUCUGAGCAACAGGAGCUACGCAGGAACAGUUCAUUAUCUGCCAGCAGACCCACUGCUCUCCAGCCCCAGAGACAAAACACGCUGCCUCUCAGGGUGUGGUGUGUGCGCCAGAAGCACAGAACGACUCUUCCCCAACUCCUCAGAUUCGGGCUCCCUGUACAGCUCCUACUCCAGACAGCUCAGUACUGAAUCAGAAGAUGAGUGGGUGAGUGUGAAGGGCAGGUUCAAGUGUGUGUCCCUCACAUGUAUGUCCAGCUCAUGUGCCAGAAGUCCUCUGGGCCUCUCACCUUCUGCCCACCUGGCAGACGGAACCGGAGACCUCAUCCUGGUCUGGGACACUCACCCUCUGAGCUUUCUCAAGUUCCUCCACAGGCACACAAGCAGUCAGGACCGGUUUGAUUUCCCAUUUGUGGAGGUCCAUCGYGUGAAGGCGGUGCGCUUCAGUCUAGAGGGAGCCACUGAGCAGGAGGGGCGGGAAGGAUUAGGAAGCCUCAGUGCUGGGCUGGAUGCUGGAGGCAGGAACGGGUCUCAGCAUCACUUGGAGCAAACGAGGAAUGAGGAGAAAACGGUGACUCCCUUCAUGUGCUGUCUGGGCUGCAAAAAAGCUCCCGACGUGUCAGUCUGGAACUGCGAUGGAGAGAUUCUGCCUUUCACUAACAUUUCCUGCAAAAUUCAUGGCCAGUUGGUGCGUCUGUACGCCCGAGGCAUCGAAGACGCAGCCAGCAUCAGCAGUCAGGACAGGGUUGAGUGCAGCAGAAUAUGAACUACGUAUGAAUUAUCUGAAUUUUAGAUAAUGAGGGGAGAAAAGUCAAUUAUGAAACACGAGUGAUGGAAAUGUACAAGAAGAGCCAGCUGCAGUCUCUCAUUGCCAAAGAGUUUCUAAUGUUUCAGGUACUUUUAUACAAUCUCACUGUAAUAACGGGAAAAAUGUAUUUAUUAUUGUUGUGUGUGUGUGUGUGUGUGUGUGUGUGUGUGUGUGUGUGUGUGUGUGUG